AUGUAUCGUCAAAUCUGCGUAUCCUCAAAACAUGCCGAUCUGCAGCGCAUCGUUUGGCGUAGCGAUCCAUCCUUGCCUAUCCAAGACUUUCGCAUGGUUCGUGUGACGUACGGAGUAGCAGCUGCAUCUCAUCUAGCUGUCCGUUCGCUGCAACAGACGGCAAGGUAUUCAUCAAAUGGUUGUGCUAGAGCCGUUAAUGUCAUCCUAAAGGACUUUUAUAUGGAUGAUCUGCUAAGCGGUGCUUCUAGUAAGGAGGAACUUCUGUUGCUGCAGCAAAGGGUGUCCGAAAUACUGCGGGAAGGUGGAUUUGAACUCCGAAAGUGGGCGUCGAACUGCGCGCAACUUAAUGCAAGCAUCUCUAAUGCAGCUGAAAAUAUAUCGCAUUACAUCGUCGACGAUAAGGAUGUCCACGCUUUAGGUCUUAUCUGGAACACGGAGGGAGACUACUUCACGUUCACUGUUAGCUUGAAGCAACCGCCCGUGAGUUUGACCAAGAGAGAUCCCUUGGGGUUGCUUGCACCUGCAACUAUAAAAUCAAAAAUGUGGUUCCAAGACAUUUGGCGCACCAGAGUAGGCUGGGAUGACCUCAUUACUGAGUCCAUUGCAACGAAAUGGUUGGAGCAUCGCAUAGAAUUGCAGCAGCUCGCACACUUGAAGGUCAAUCGCUGGCUCGGUACGGAAGUAUCCGGGUCAUUCACGCAACUGCACGUGUUCGCAGAUGCAUCCGAGCGCGCAUACUCCGCCGUUAUGUACGCGCGUACCUCACAAAGCGAUGGUACCAUUACCGUCGCGCUAAUCUCGUCGAAGACCAAGGUGGCUCCGCUAAAACCGACAACGUUACCACGCCUAGAGCUUUGCGCGGCACAUCUCGCUUCCAAACUGGUGCGAAGCGUGCUACUCAGCUGGCCUGAUCUCCGCUACCCGCUGUUCGCGUGGACCGACUCCACCAUCACGUUGGCAUGGCUGCAGGCGCAUCCCAGCAGAUGGAUGACUUUUAUUGCCAACCGCGUCGCCGACAUUCAGGAAGUCCUGCCUCCUGAGUGUUGGAACCAUGUCCGCUCCGAGCAGAACCCUGCAGAUUGCGCUUCAAGGGGUAUAACUCCCACCGAGUUACUACAUCAUCGACUGUGGUGGGAUGGUCCUGACUUCCUGAGAAGCACUGAGCAAUCCUGGCAGCAAAAAUUGCCGAAACAGCACACGACAGAGUUGGGCAUUCGAGGCAGCGUCUGCGCCCAUGUGACUGGCUCCAGCGAUGACUGGUCGGUAAUAAUGAAGUACUCGUCGUUUUCCAAGCUGCGACGUGUCAUUGCUUACGUUCUACGCUUCUGCUCCAACGCUCGAGCUGAUAGACGUCCCGACGCUACAAAGCGGUUUGGUCCUCCGAGUUGCAGCGAGUUGUCUGCAGCUGAGCUUCGCCUAAUCAGUUGCCUUUUGCGUUUGCAGCCGUUCCUCGAUGAAAACAAUGUUCUGCGUGUUGGAGGCAGACUAAAAAAUGCUGAAGUCACGCCCGACGUUAGACAUCCCAUUAUCCUGCCAAAGAACUGUCCGCUUGCCAAGCUAAUUGUCUGCGAGAUACACAAACUCACCUUGCACGCUGGGCCGCGCGUUAUGCAGACGGUCUUACAACGCCGUUAUUGGGUUGUCGGCGCCCGAAACCUGAUCCGCAACGUAUAUC